AUGGAGGAUGAGGGGACUGCUCUCAGUGCUUUUUUCCAAGAAACAAACAUCCCCUACAGCCACCACCAUCAGAUGAUGUGCACUCCCGCCAACACGCCGGCCACGCCGCCCAACUUCCCGGAUGCUCUGGCCAUGUUCUCCAAGCUGAGGACCUCCGAGAGCCUGCAGAGCAACAACAGCCCCAUCCCAUCCAUGGCCUGUUCCCCACCGGGGACAGUGGUGGGACACGGGGGAGGCUGGCCUGGGCUCUGGCUGGUGCAGGAUCCCCUGUCCAAGUGCCCCUGA